AUAAGGGCUUUGUCACCAAACCUGCUGCUGCAGCAGCAUGGUCUAAAGGAGCCUUUGCUCCCCAACCUGAGAAGUGGAGCCGGGGCAGUUUGUUCAUCUCCAGUGCUGACCCAGCUGCUGCUCAGCAACAGGAGAUCAAGGAUGAGUCCCUGGAGCUACGGAGGAAAAUAGUGAACAUGGAAAAUCCCGUGAUGAAAUACACGGAACUGGAAUAUAUUGGCAGAGGGACUUUUGGAGAUGUUUGCAGAGCACUUGACAAUGCCACAGGAGAACAGGUGGCCAUAAAGAAAAUAAAUCUCCAAGAACUGAGGAAGAAGGAACUAAAAGUCAAUGAACUCAUGCUCAUGAAGCCAAAUAAGAAUCCCAACCUGGUCAACUAUUUAGACAGCUACCUUGUGGAUGGGCAGCGCUGGCUGGUCAUGGAGUACAUGGACGGAGGCACUCUGAGCGAUGUCAUCAGCAAGACCCACCUGUCUGAAGACGAGAUGGCAGCCAUCAGUCGGGAGUGCCUGCAAGGCCUGGAUUUUCUUCACUCGAACCUCGUGAUCCACCGAGAUGUGAAGAGCAGCAACAUCCUUCUCAGAACCGACGGCUCUGUCAAGCUGGCUGACUCUGGCCCCUUUGCUCAGCUCACCCCUGAGCAGAGUCGACGGAGCUCAGUGGCCAGCAUUUCUGGGUGGAUGGCGCCUGAAGUGGUGACAGGUCAACCAUGUGGCCCCAAAGUGGACAUAUGGUCUUUUGGAAUCAUGGGCAUCGAAAUGGCGGAAGGAGAAGUUCCUUACCAGUAUGAAACUCCUGUUUCGGCUCAACUCCUGAUAGCCAGAGGAGGGAGACCAAAGCUGCGGCAGCCCAACCUAUUCUCGCCUUGCCUGCGUGGCUUCCUGAGCUGCUGCCUGCAGACAGAUGAGGCAUGGCGCUGGUCUGCCAAGGAGCUCCUGCAGCAUCCAUUUGUAACACUUGCUGAGCCUGCGUCCUGCCUGGUGCCACUGAUUGUUUCAGUGAAGAAGAGGAAGGAGACAAGAAUGUGAUAAUCACAUCAGGACCAUUACCAUUGACUUAGAGUAGGAUUGUAGGUUAGGGUUAG